AUGGCCAGCCUCGGUUACAACGACAGCACCGCAUGUCUGAUCAUGGGGCAGAUAGUCGAACACCGGCCGCUUCGGUUGGCUUCCGACACAAAAGAGCCGGCUCAGGCCUACCAGUUGCGCAAUCUAAUGGCUCACCGAAGUAUGGCACCGGUCUGGGAUAAAAGCAUGCACGGACAGAUAGACGUCUAA